AUGCCCAGUCGAGUGUUGGUGAUAUUUGUCCUCGGACUGACUGUCUGUAGUGUCCGGCCCUUCUUCCAUCAUCGUAGACCUCGCACCUGGGCGCCCAACCUGACUUUUGGUCACAGGACUCUAGUUCAUGAAUGGGUCCAGCUAGAAUAUGACUGGCCCUCCGAGGCUGAGAAACAGAGAGCAAUCGCCAGCGGCAGCUACAUCCCAGAAAACAGCGUGAUCAGCGGUAUAAAACUGUAUAAAGGCCGCCUCUUUGUGACCGUUCCGAGAUGGGCACUGGGCAUUCCCUCCACCUUCAAUGAGGUUAUCGUGAAAAAUGGGCGCUCCGUUUUGCGACCAUUCCCCAGUUGGGAGGCACAGGACGUACACAAUUGUUCCGCUUUGCAGUUCGUAAUGAGUAUGGAGAUCGACCCUAACACUGGACUCAUGUACUUGAUAGACAAUGGACGAGUCAACACCUUGGCGGCAACACCUGGCACAAAGGCGCUGAACCUGUGCCCUCACCAGAUCCACAUAUACGACCUUGAGAGGAACCGUUUUGCCAAGACGCAUACUUUUCCCGACUCGGUGGCCCAUUACAACAGCUCUUACCUCAACGAUGUGAUGAUUGAUAAUCAAGGUUAUGCUUUCAUCUCUGACGCCGCCGGCGCUGGUGGUCUUAUAGUGUACGACUCCAGACGAGAUCGUUCUCAUCGUCACGAGCACCCGUCCAUGGGUGCGGACCCCGACCCCGCAGCUAGGACCUUCAACAUAAACACAGGGUACAGUAACGAAACUUACUUCUUUGACGGCCCUAUAAACGGAAUCGCCAUGUCUCCGAGUUUCGACUAUCUGUAUUACUGCGCUCUGACAGGGUUUAACCUGUAUCAGGUGCCCACCAGCCUGAUCCGUGACCCAAACGCUGACAUCGGCAAUGCCGUGAGAAAUGUUGGCAGAAAGUUUGGCCAGAGUGGAGGAAUCAUGCAUGGUGAGAAGAAUUUAUACUACAGCGUCCAUCAAAGGAAUGCUGUAUACUACUGGCCGAGAAAAGGGGAUGAAAAGAGACAGGGGAGCUCUGAGAAGACAGUCCGAUUGGAAACACAGCUGGAACUUGCCCAAGACACCGAGACUUUCCAGUUUCCGGACAGUUACGGCUGGGACGACAGCGGCUUCCUCUGGCUGACCACUAACCGUCUGUUUACCUAUCUGGACACCGAAGGCGGUGGUCUGGACUUUACAGGCAGGCGAGGAGCCAAUUUUCGAAUCUUCCGUGUCUACGUGGGCGAGCAGUCGUAUCUCAAACGUGGAGCUCCUCUCCAGGAGCCCACGCAAUACAAAUGUAGCCUCUUGGUGAUUCUUAAAAAAGCCAAACUGGCUUGCAAAAGCGAAAACAUCUUUAGUAAAGUCAGAUGUUUCAUAAGAGCUAAGAGAGACCCAGCUAUUGUUUACAGCUGCUAACUGUCUUUUUCUGACUGAUUUAAAAGACUGAUUUCUACUACACAUUAUUUUGUACACUUUCUCUUUAGUCCCAACUAAGCCCUCAUGUUACGGUAUAAGCAACAUUUAUCUUUGUGUGUCAACAUUUUGUAGCAAGAGUAAUGGUUAUAGCUAGCAUAACGGUAAGAAUAUCCGGUCAGGGCGGUCGAGCACUAAUGAUUUGCUAACUGACUGAUUGAAACUUAGAUUGACAGGUAUUAUGAGAUUGUCCGUUGAUUAUCACUUUUGUCAAACUUUCUAUUGUAUUGUCUUGUUAUGAUGAAAUUU